UUCCUCUUGUUGAACAUUCUCUUCGUCGUGUGGACCUCGUUGAUCUCCCAACUCGCACACUUCCCAGAGCUAUCUCCAGCGCAUUUUUAUAGUCUUGUCGGCCCUUAUGAUCUCGUACCAAACCAGCUAGUUUUGAAAGCAGUACCGGGCACAAUCAUGUAUGUGUACGAUUUCUUGCAUACUCUACUGGCUCAUCUGCCUCUGCGAUACUGUCUUCUGUACGCGAAUAUUCGUUGUAGGUGGUCAACUUGCUAGAAGCGCUAUAAAUGCUCUAGUGAUGCGGUCGCUGGCUUGCCAGUGCUCUGUGCAAUGUCUGCAUACUUCACUGCAGUCCCUCAUCUCAUUGUCGGGACUUUCUGUCGCAUACAGUCCCAAAAGUCCUCCUCUAUGGGUUGUUGGUGACCUGCGCACUACAUUCAUGAGACGGUUUGCCGAAUCGCAUACGUGUUCCACACUCUGCCGAUAUUGAGAGAAUAUCGAUACAUCUCGUGCAGACAGGCGCUCUUCCAUCGCUACUCAUACUGUCGAGUGUAGUGCUACAGUUACAUGGCUUACUGACUGAUUUUAA